AUGCCCGCCAUGGUGCUCGCGCCGGACUUUGCGUCUGGCCCCUCCUCUUCUCAUCUCCAUCUUCGCCAUGUCCAUGGUCAGGUUCAUUCUCGCUCACACUAUGCACCUCCCGGGUCUUUUAUCACAGAGGAAGACGACGAAGACGAGGGCUCAGAAGACGAGGCACCGACGCCUGUCGAUUAUCACAGCAAGCCCACUCGAUCACGGCCAGCCAGCUGGCUCCCGCCGGACGAGCGACAGAGACCGUUUGUGGCCUCGCCCCGGAGCAGCCUCGGCCCAACACCCAGUGCCACGCCUGGCCCGUCUCGACCUGCGUCCGCCCCACACGGCCACCACCCGCCGCCACGCGCCUCGGCAGCAGCGACCGCGGCACGCAUUCGCGCAGAGCGUCUCCACAGGAUGCUGGAGCCCACGCCGCGAUUAGGCCAACAUGCGCCGAGGACGGCCAGCACAAGCAGCAGCCGGUCCUACUCGGACGGCAAGACGCCCACGCUAGGCACGGCGUCGAGCCUGGCAAACGAGCGAGAGGCGAGCAUGCGCACGCCAAGGCCGCAUACAAUGGGCACCCCCGAGCUGCAGCGAACGCCGCUGGCUGGGCUCCACAACAGUGAGGCCAAUUUGCCCUUGGGGCCGCGUCGAGAUGCAAGCGAUGCGACAAUCGAGGCCGAGGCGGUGGUAGCAGCAACGCAGAGACCGGACAUUGUCAUUCCACGCGUCGAGGUUCGAGGUGGUGGUGGUGGUGGUGGUGACGAAUACGUGGCACCGACCUAUGCGAGCGACUCGAUUGGCCGGUUGAGCGUCACCUCGUCUGGCUACCAAAGCAGCGACUUUGGCCACGGCGGCGCGCGAUCAGGAAGCGAGGCAGACUGGCAGCAGCAGCAGCCGCAGCAGGUACAGCGUGGUGGAGCAUACGACAGCGGGCAAAGGCGCAAGGCGAAAAAAGUCGCCCCGCCCGAGCUUCUCGUCAUCGUGCGGCCCCCACCCAGCAAGCAGUCGAACCCUUUGAACCUGCAGAUCCAGCUCGUCAUUCCCUUACCACCUUCUUCCAGAGAGCCCGCGGGGCAGCCUCGCACGUCUGGCGAGUCAUCGAGGGACGAAGUGUCCAUGACGGCAUCCACCUCCUCCUCGACGUCGCUCAGGGGCGGCCUUCGCCGGAGCAACUCGAUGAGCUCCGAGACGAGCAGCGGCGGCUUCUCGACCUACUCCACGUCCAGCAGUGGUGUCUCCUCGUCGCGCAAAGUGACACCGCUCUACAACCUCUGCUUCCACAGCAUCCUCCCCACCACUGUCACGGACGCGGGGACAGACGACAAGGUGGCCAAGUUUGGACGAAAGGGCGUUGAGAUCGACGGGUUCGGACACCUCGAGCCCCACGAGCUCAUUUAUGGAGUCAACGACCUGGCCACGCUCGACAAGACUGGUCGACGGGGAUCGAGGUCAGGGCCGGUAACAGCGACGUCGGUGGCCAACAGCGGGAGCGGGAGCGGCGUUGGGUCCCCGGGCGAUGGCAGCGUCGAUUCCCACAUGCUGUCGAGGCGGUCUGAAGAUGAGCAGACGAGCCCACCCACGUCGGAAGAACCGCCCACCUCCUUUGAAGCAAUGACGCCCGAGGCAAAAAGCCCGCCGGAGACUGUUGGUGGCAAGCUUCUCAGCAAGUUUAAACGCUUCAGCGCCCAGGCGCGGCCUGAUGUGAGUGGUGGCGUAUUCGCCAAGCCUUCGUCGGCCAACGACGGCCAGUCUCUCUUUGGCCGAUUGUCUGUUGGCAGCGGAGUACGAGGCGUCUCCAGUGCAAAGGAGAGCCUGGCUCCCUCUGUGACGUCGGGUACCGACAGGGAAACAGCAACAAGCACGCGGGAUUCCAUCAGCGGCCUUACCAACACCUUUACCCAUACGCUGGGCCUCGAUAUCCCUCAGCUCGUUGUCGGUGGUGGACUCAAGGGUGAUUCUUCGAAGCGGACAGAAGGCUACUAUUGGACGGUGCGCAAGUGGACGCGCAAGGCUGAGUUCGACGAAGAUGAAAAUCCGGAAGCUAGCAUGAGGCGUAGGAGCGAGGCAGGGAGCAACGCAAUCCUGAGCAGUGUCUGGAAGAGGUUCAACAUCGUGAAUCGCAUGGGCGGCAACGAGAUCCACCCACCCCCCACUGAUAUCCCCGUCCGGAUCGAGUGGACCAGGGAUCCGUCGGCCACGAGACGGGCCUCGAGCAGGCGGAGGAGUGUCGCCGCCCACGCGCGUUCUGCCACGGACAGCGUCAAGGGCGACAGGAGGGGCAGCUCUGACGUUUCGGUCUUUCGCAGGGGCAGCGUCCUCUCGCAGCGCAGCUCGUCUGCCGCGGCGGACUCGUCGUCCAACCUUCGUCCUCCAAAGAAGACUGGCUCGAGGCCCCCGUCGGUUGGCACGUCUUCUCCCCGACAGUCGACCGACGCAGGUUCCAACCCGCCUCGGAUCAGCAUCUCCAACGAUGGCAACAGCGGCGACGAUGACGACGAUCCCGAGUCGGACCCUGAAGACUCCGAGACACCCUGGACGUGCCACUUGGUCCUGGGCCCGACGACGCGCAUUCCUAUUGGCAGCCUGUCUCCAGCGCCACACCACCCCAAGCUCGUCGGCCAGCUCGCGAUUCCAUUUCCGCUGCCGGACCUCAGCGCGAGCAGCCUGGGUGCCGAUGGGGCCGGUCUGACGCGCGAGGAGAUCAAAGACAUCAUCAGCGUCACUUGCCUCUUUGUCGUCGUUCGAGAGGGCUUUGGAGGCCUCGGCUCGACGGCUGUUGGCGGCAAUGCGGCCAGUGGCACGAGCGCAAAGCACCGGAGGGCCGCUUCGUCAACAAAGGGCUGA